UAUUUUUAAUGUUAUAAUUGUUUAUUAAUCAAAUUAUUGUUAUUUAAAUUGUUUAUUUGUAUAACUUUCGCGCGUCAGUGACUGACAGUGACCGACACUCCGACACUCGUUUAGGUUCUGUUUCUUACUGCGGCCGCAAUGUCACUACUUGAAGUUAAAGAUGCUGCCACGUGUAUUGUUAAAUAGAGAUUCAAAUACACGUCAAGAACAGAGCGUGUUAUCAGUAAUUUAGAAACUUAUAUAACUUUUAAAUCAUCCAACUUCUGUGACUUAUUUUUGGCUCAUAUUAUUUUAGGUAUAGGUGAAUUUGUUUCGAUUUGCAGAUUUUUUAAUUGAAUAUGGCAAAAGAAGAAGGUUUUGCUACAAAAGCUAUACAUGCUGGACAAGAUCCUUUGCAAUGGAUGCAUUGUUCUGUAAUACCUCCCAUUAUAUUGUCCACUACUUUUCAACAGGAUGCACCUGGAGAACAUAGAGGGUUUGAAUAUGGUAGAAGUGGCAAUCCUACAAGAAAUGUUUUAGAAACAUGUUUAGCUACCUUAGAAAAUGGGAAAUAUGGAUUUGUUUUUUCAUCUGGUUUAGGUGCUAAUACAGUAUUAUGUUCAUUAUUAAAAGCAGGAGAUCAUAUUAUAUCUGGAGAUGAUAUUUAUGGUGGAACCAAUCGUUUCUUUCAAAGAUGUUUAUCUUCACAAAGUAUUACAGUAUCUUUUGUUGAUAUGUCAGAUGUAAAUAAUGUUAUAGCCAAUAUAAAACCAAAUACAAAGAUGAUUUGGUUGGAGACACCAACUAAUCCUUUGCUUAAAUUAAUUGAUAUUAAAGCAGUUACUGAAACACUGAAGAAAAAAAAUCCUGAGCUUAUUAUAGUGAUAGACAAUACUUUUCUCACAUGUUAUUAUCAGAAACCAUUAGAAUUAGGAGCAGAUAUUGUUGUAUAUUCUUUGACCAAAUAUAUGAAUGGACAUUCUGAUAUUAUUAUGGGUGCAGCAGUUACAAAUAGGGAUGAUCUUGCAGAAAGAAUUAAAUUUUUACAAAAUGCUAUGGGCAUUGUUCCGUCCCCUUUUGACUGUUUUAUGGUUAAUCGCAGUUUAAAAACUUUGGAACUAAGAAUGCAACAGCAUAUGAAGAAUGGGUUAGCAGUUGCAAAGUUUUUACAAUCACAUCCUCGCGUAGAACGAGUAAUUCAUCCAUAUCUUCCAUCUCAUCCACAACAUGAACUUGCUCUUAAACAAAGUUCUGGUCAUAGUGGAAUGGUUUCUUUCUAUCUUAAAGGUGAUGCUACAAAAUUUUUAAAAUCACUUAAAUUAUUUACAUUAGCUGAAUCACUUGGUGGUUAUGAGUCUCUUGCCGAAUUACCAUCCAUCAUGACUCACUCAUCAAUUCCUGCAGAAACUAGAGCAGUAUUAGGUAUUAGCGAUCAGUUAAUUCGUUUAUCCGUUGGUCUUGAAACAGAACGGGAUAUCUUAGCUGAUCUUGACCAAGCUUUGAAUACUAGUUAAUAGAUACGUAUGUUGGUAUCAUUAAACAAAUUUUAUUUAUUGAAGCUAUAAACCUUGUAUGUACACAGAGUUAUAUAAAGCAUGUAUGUACAUGCAUAUGUUUAUUUAUUAAAAGAUUAUUUACAUCACUUUA